CGCGGCAGCGGGCACGCGCAGGCGCUGCCAUGGCGACGGCGGCGGAGGAGCAGGGCCGGGCGGCGGCGCGGGAGGAAGCCCCGGAUGGCGCCCGCGAUGAGGCCGCGGCCGGCGCUGAGGAGACGGUGAAGAUCAUCUGCCUGGGCGACAGCGCCGUGGGCAAGUCCAAGUGCGUGGGGCGCGGGCGUCCCGCGGGUUGUGCGGGGGGUCCCGCGGAGCCGGUGGCGCGGCUGACGGGACGCGUGCUCGCUCUCUCCGCAGGCUGCUGGAGCGGUUCCUGCUCGAUGGCUUGUAUCCUUGGCAGCGGGGCGGCGGGCAGGCUCGGCGGCGCGCGGGGCGCGGCCCGGCGGCUCUGGCCUCACGGUGGCUCCUUAGCGCGGCGCAGCCAGCCCCAGCAGCUCUCCACGUUCGCCCUGACGCUGUACCAGCACCGCGCCCGGGUGGGCGGCCAGGAGGUCCGCGUGGACUUCUGGGACACAGCGGGCCAGGAGCGCUUCCGGAGCAUGCACGCCUCCUACUACCACCAGGCCCAUGCCUGCAUCAUGGUGUUUGAUGUGCAGCGGAAGGUCACCUACAAGAAUCUGAACAGCUGGUACAAGGAGCUGAGGGAAUUCCGCCCAGAGAUCCCGUGCAUUGUAGUGGCCAACAAGAUUGAUGCGGAUAUGAAGGUGACCCAGAGAAGCUUCAACUUUGCCCGGAAGUUCAGUUUGCCCUUUUACUUUGUGUCUGCUGCCGAUGGCACCAACGUGGUGAAGCUCUUCAACGAUGCCAUCAGACUGGCCGUGGCUUACAAACAGCACUCAGGCGACUUCAUGGACGAGGUCCUGCGGGAGCUGGAGGUAGGGAAGACUCUGUCCCUGCUCUGUCUUGAGUCCUGUCGGAUGAGCAGUUCUGCCCUUUUCCCCUGUGGCAAAGCGGGGAAACUGCAGCACGGGAAGCUUUGCCCUCUGCUGGGCUUUGCGUGCUGCUCAGUCUGGGCUGGGAGGGGGGAAGUGAGAGCCAUCACAAGAGCUCUCACUGCCUAGGAGGAGUCUAAAAGAGCCUCCACAGCAGACACAGUUGUUGCAGUCUGUGUCAUUUCUCAGCAGUUCCUUGUCCUGCUCCUUUCCAGAGCUUUGAUCUGCAGAACACGAGCAAGGAUUUGUCAGAUAAAGGGAAGAGCUGCACUGAAGAGGAGUCCUCAUCUGCCUAGGCUGGACCCUGAGCCUGUUUUCCCCUUGGCUCUGGACUUCUGGGGCCUGCAUGGAGGACAGUGAUGCUUCUCAUGCCCUAGAGCUGUUGUGAUGGGCAGCUGGGCCUCUUCCCUUCUUGUGGGAGCCUACCUGGGCAGGAUCUUCAUUGGCUUGGCCCUCGCUGCUGCACACUUCACUCAGGAGAGGGAUGGGAGAAUCCACAUGAUUCCAUAUGGAUGGUGGCUCAUUUCUACUGCUCCUUCAGGACAGAGCUGCCUAGGAGAAGUGAGCCAUCCUGGACCUGCAGGAGGGAUCCUGCCCAGGUGCUGUAGUGGUACCUGCUGCAGAAAGCAAACACUAAAGGAUGUUUUUUACA